AUGGUGAUGGAGCAGAGGCAUCCGCUCCUGCGCAACGGUAUUGUUUACGCCGAAGGCAGCAAGUGGAGAAAUAUACGGCGAUCUCUAGCGUCCGCUUUCACCCACGGAAAGCUAAAACAGAUGAUGGCCGAUGUAAAAAAUGGCGCGGACACCUUCCUAGACAUUGUGAGUGAGUACGCUGACAGCAACCGUGAAGCGAAUGUGUUCGAGCUCUACCAAAGACUAGCCAUGGAUUACGUGGGCCGAACCGCGUUCGGAGUCGACUUCAGCUUCCAAAGAGGACCCGAAAACGCCCUCGCCGUUUCCUCGAAGGCCAUUCUUCGGGGAGUCAUGAAGGGACCGUUUUACUUCAUUUGCCAAUGCACAUCGAAAUUUGGUGUGUUCGCAAAACCUCUGUACUGGGUCAACAUGUUGCUCGGCGUUUACGCGUCAGUUGCCUUGACUAAGGAGACGGCGAAUGUGAUCGAUCUUAGAAGAAACAACCCGGAGUUCCGGAAGGCUGACGUUCUUCAGAAUUUGCUUGAUGCUGAAUAUCAAGAGGAGAGCCCAGAGACUGAUAAUGGCUCGCCACAGAAUGCGAGAACUCUAAAAAGCCGGGCAUUGACAAAAGAAGAAAUUCUCGUAAGUGCAGCUUCAACAUUUAUUGCAGGGUAUGACACAACAUCUACAUCCUUAAGUUACGUAACGUACCUACUGGCGAAGCACCAAGACGUUCAAGAGAGAGUCCGGAGAGAAGCCAACGAAGUGUUUUCCAGUGAGGCUAGUACAGUGCCUUUCAUCUUGUUGCCACCGCAACGUGAUGAUGAAGAGUGUCAAAUUUGUACAGGAGGAGUUGGACUACGAAACUGUGACAAAGAAGCUGCCAUACUUAAGUCAAGUCGUCAGCGAGGCUCUUCGCUUGUACCCCCAGUACUCACAUUCACAUCGAGGAAGGCCGUGAACGACUUUGAGCACAACGGUGUGCAGUACAAGGCCGGAACGUGUUUCUCAUCUCCAAUACUACAAGUUCACAGAGACGCACGCUACUGGCCUGACCCACUAAACUUCAAUCCUGACAGAUGGCGCAAGCGGCAUUUCUCCUAUUUCAAGAACCUGGGAAUCCCUGGUCCAGAACCGAGCCUGCUAUGGGGAAACAUUCGAGAGUUCCACGAAACAGAUCAUUACAAGGUCAUUGGAAAGUGGCUGGAAAAGUACGGAGACACCUUUGGAUUUUAUGAUGGAGAUGUGCCAUUCGUUGUGACGAAAGACUUGGAUUUCUUGGAAUACAUCUUGAUUCGCAACUUUCAAAACUUCACGGGUCGAGGGGAAACGUUGGUGGUGGAAAGCAGCGAAUGCUCUCGAGAUCUCCAGAGGCUCACCCUGGACUACGUUGGUCGUGGAGCGUUCGGCGUCGACGGCAGCUUUCAGAUAGGACCCGAAAACUCUCUGGCCGCUUCCGCAAGGGCUGUGAUUAGUGGAGUAAUGAAAGGACCUUUACACUUCCUUUGCCAAAGUACAUCUACACUGGGUGUCCUCGCAACACCCUUGUACUGGAUCAACAUGAUCUUUAGCGGCUACGUGACAGUGAAGUUGACCAAAGAGACGGCGAGAAUUAUCGACCUCAGAAAACAGAACCCAGAGUUCAGAAAGCCUGACGUUCUUCAAAACCUCCUCGAUGCUGAAUAUCAAGAAGAGAGCCCGCAGACUGACAAUGACACUUUAAUGAGUGGUAAAGGAGCAGAAAAAGCUAUCAAGAGCCGUGUGCUAACCAAAGACGAGGUUCUUCUGAGCGCUUCUGUACUCUUCGUUGCCGGGUAUGACACAACGUCAACGUCUUUAAGUUACGUGACAUACCUCCUGGCGAAGCACCAAGACGUUCAGGACCGAGUCCGGAAAGAAUUCAACGAAGCCAUUUCCGGCCCGGAUGAUUUCGACUAUGAAACGAUUACAAGGAAGUUGCCAUACCUAACUCAAGUUGUCAGCGAGGCUCUCCGCUUGUACCCACCAGUCCUCACGUUUGUAACGCGUAAGGCUGUCGAAGACUUCGAGUUCAACGGCGUUCAUUACAAGGCAGGAACAAGUUUCUUGUCUCCGACGCUGCAAAUCCACAGAGACUCACGAUACUGGCCUGACCCACUAACCUUCAAUCCGGACAGAUUCGCUGCGGAAAAUGAAGGCAGCUUCCAUAAUGUGGCCUAUCAAGCCUUCGGAGUGGGACCACGCAAUUGCAUCGGUAUGCGCAUGGCCCAAAUGGCACUGUAUUACACAAUCGCGCGACUGGUUCAGCGAUUUCAACUCCACGUCGGACCAUCUCAGCCAGAGGAAUCUUUCGAGAUUGUUUCACGAGCCGUUCUUUCGAAAACCAAGCGUUGGACCAUGGAUUGUCUUUAGGCGUAUCUGAACGGAGGUAAUAAGGAUUGAGCCUUAUCGAACAUGUUCUAUAGGACGGCCAAGAAGCCCUUGACGAAAACAAGACUCUCAUGAAGAGUGGAGGACAUGUUCGUCUAGUGUCUCAAUAUGAUCCCGCUGCGAACACCUGCCAUGGGCAUGCUGAAUCUACAAUUGCGAUACGCCAUGUUGCACCGAAAUGUCAACGGUGCUCAAGUGGCCACAGAGACCGAGUGAUGCCAAAGAGAAAAUAUACCUUUCAUUUAUUGUUCCAUU